AUGUCUGUGUCAAAGGUCCCUCGCACCACGAAAGUGCCAGAGAUCAAUGAGACACUGGCCCAACUCCCGCAGCCUUCUUCGGUCCCGUUAUCUGGUGAACGAUUCAAGUUUAAAGUGAGAAUACACUCCAGGCAUAAAGCAGAGUCUCUUGACCCCGAACCUGCCUCUACCUGUGCGGAAGGGGAUCCACUUGAUUACCUCGCGACGACCGGAUCUGCCAAAUUCGAGGACAGUCAUGACAAGGGCUUCGAUGAUGACGAGUACCCUACUGUUGCAGACGACCCCCGGUUCCAGCCCACUUUAGGAAACCACACAAUUGAGCCUUUUGACGUCGGCUACCUCCGAGAUGAACUGGCGCACUAUGACGAGUUCGCGGGCAUACCCUGGCUAGAAACCAUCGACGUCGUUGCAACACCUGCUCGUCCGGUAAUAGAUAGGGACACGUGCACGAGUCGUGUCGGGUUCUGUGGAGCCAAGCUGAUCAGAAGAAAGACGUUUCGAAGUUCCUUUCACUACCAAAUGUGUAAGCCCUUUGACGAGUCAACUCUGAUGGCAUUCGACCUCUUCGACCAGUAUGGGAGACUGAAAGAAACCUAUAAGCGUCAUGAAUAUUGGAAGCGGUCCGGAGUCUGGCAACAACAACUCGAUGAGCACGACAUCUUGCUCAUUGAAGACGUGGCGGUCGACGAGCAGUAUCGACGGCAGGGAUUGGGAAAAGCAAUGGUGAGAAUACUCUUCGAGGUUGCACGACGCAAAACCAAAGGAGCGAAUUUCGUGGCCGUUCUCUGGCCUCAAUCCUGCAAGGACAGCCAUUUCCAGGAUCUGCUCAAGACUCUCUUGUGGACGUCAGGCGGCCUGUUCAGAGCGAAGGUUCUCGACCAGUGUGAUCCUGCGGCGACUCCGUGGGCACGGUCGCUCGGUUUCCGUCGGAUAGGGUUAUCGAUGUGGUUUGGCCUCCCGUGCAUAGCAGGUAACAUCGAUGCGGUCCUGCCUGUAGAACGCGACCGUGAUCCUCACGGUCUCGACCGGGUCGAAAACAUGCUGCCAGACUCUAUCCAAAGUGCCCGUUCUGACAAGCAAUUCCUGGCACUUGUUCGGCGGCAAUAUCGGCACGUGGAAUCCGACGACCUGCGAUGGCUAGCAACGGACCAGGAGAAGAAUACACUGCUGCAUCUGGCCAGCUUGCAGUUCUUUCCCAAGAGCCUAGCCUGGAUCAUGAAGCAGUCCUGCUCGGAUCACUUGCUGAGAAUGCGCAAUUCGAGCAGGUUUGAGCCUCUGGAGGCGCUACUCGAGAAACUCGAGAUUAUGCGGACGAGGGCACUGGUCGGUGCUUCGGUGGUCUACGAAGCCGACAAGUUCCGCGGCCAUACGCUCAACCAAGCAAGAUGCAUAGGCUUGUUGAAGAACGUUGAAAUCGACUCAGAGGACGAUCUCGAACGGUUUCGCUAUGGCUGUACCUGUAACAAGUGCGGUGACGGCUACAUAAGCCCCCGCAUGAAUUUUUCCUUAUAUAUGGCGGCCGCCAUGGAAUGUGAUCGCCUUGAGGACUUGCUUGAAAUGUCAGGGAGAGAGUUCUUGGAGAAGUGUGAUUGGGGAAUUUUCCACCUGCCAAGAUACAGCGUCAAGUAUCUGGAACAUUACAAGCCGAUGAGGGAGGGGUUUGUCGCCGUCUACAGGCAUGUCGCAGCCUGUCUAAUCAAUCGCAUGGAGCCGACCAAGCGCAUGAUCAGGAUGUGCAUGGACUUCAGCGACGACGAGCAACCAGAUCUGGUCUACCUGUUCUUCAGAAACAAGGCUAACAUCGCAGGGGUGAUGGGCACAGUGCUGGAGACAGCUUCAUGGUCUGAUGAGAUCCAUGGCGACGGUUCGAGCCAGGAGGCAAGGGAAGACGGAGAAGUAGAGAACAAGCCGAAUUGCCGGAACGACCACGAAUUUGUGCUCGUUGCUCGAAAAUGCCGCUAUCCAAACAUUAUCAAGUGGCUGAACGUCAAGACGGCCAAAAGGAUUGUCUUGCCAUUGGCUUGA